CUAUGGGAGAUACGGGAGAGGAUCAUUGGUGACAAUUUGAACUUUCCGACCAUUGACAAUGUCAGCCUGACAACCAUAGACAGAGUCCUCAAGCGCCAGAGAGUAAGAAUGAAGCAGGCCUAUAGGGUACCCUUUGAGCGCAACUCUGGAAGAAUAAAACACCUCCGUCACCAGUAUGUGCAAAGGAUGUUCCAGUUGGAGUCCAUGGCCAGACCCCAUGAAUUUAUAUUUGUGGAUGAGGCUGGCUUCAACCUCACAAAAAGGAGGAGGAGAGGCCGUAACAUCAUAGGACAGAGAGCUAUCGUUGAUGUGCCCGGCCAACGUGGAGGAAACAUCACUCUCUGCGCUGCCAUGAGUUCUAGAGGGCUUCUCCACCGGCAUGCUGAACUUGGUGCCUACAACACUGAGCGUCUCCUCACCUUCCUAGGAGAGCUCAGAGAUGUUUUGCAUGACAAUGACCACCUGAAUGCUCGGCCAGCAGAUCACCACGACCAGCAGAUUCCUGGGCCAGCUGAUCUUCCCAUAUACGUCAUCCUCUGGGACAAUGUUAGCUUCCAUCGCAGCAUCCAGGUCAGAGAGUGGUUUAACAUCAAUCAGCAAUUCAUUAAUGUGUGUCUGCCACCCUACUCUCCGUUCCUAAACCCAAUAGAGGAGUUCUUCUCAGCAUGGCGGUGGAAGGUCUAUGACCGCCAACCUUACACUAGAGAGAACCUUCUCAGGGCUAUGGACCUGGCCUGUGAUGUGGCUGUGGAGGCGUUCCAAGGCUGGGUGCGGCAUGCCAGGGCAUUCUUCCCAUGUUGUUUGGCUAUGGACAAUAUUGCCUGUGACGUUGAUGAGGUCCUGUGGCCCGACCCAGCCCGACGACGUGAUGCCUCUCCAUGAUUUUGGUGUCAACAUACAACAUACUGUGUCAAUUUUCAACAUACUGUAAUAAAAGAAAUCGCACCCUGAACAUUGUGUUCUCAAUUGUUACUGUACAGUAUCUAUUGUGUGUAAUGGAUCCUCCAUGGAGUUUAGUACUCAUUUUUGCAUUAAGUUGUGAUAUUACUGCAUUUUCUGCAUUAUGUAACUAUUCCCAUGAAAUGCACAAAUCUAUAGAAAAUGCCCAAAACAUAUUUGAGAAUAAAUAAGGGUUGCUCAAAUGCAUCCUGGCAGUUGUGAAACUGUAAAAAGAACAGUCUCACACUGUGAAAAUUGUGCUUUCAAUUUUUUUGGUAAUGUGGUUAAUGAUGCUCAGUAGUGUUUACAUUUUUGCAGGCCUUGAGUGGUAUUUUGGUGUCAGAGUUUGCUUUUGA